UUGUGCAGAAAGAUCGUUCGUGACACGGUGUGUCACAACUGAGGGGUUUUUACCUACCUCGCCGUGUAGAAGCGAUAGACAGCGUGAAGAUGUGCAAAGCGCUGAUCGCUUUUGGGAGAUCAGUUUUUCCUGUGGUUGUGAUCGGGAGAGAACGUGUCUCUGUGCGGUUUCGUGAACAGUGAUGUGGAUUAGGAGGUGUUUUGACGAAAUUCGACAAAGGGUGUAUUUUUGAAAGCAAAAUAUUUUCAAUUUUCAACAAUCGACCAAGGAAUAGAUAAAACCUCGAUUAAAAAACGGUUGAAACUUGAAUAACAUUUUCAGUCGUUUUACGGGUCGAAGAUUCAUUCAGUGUUUCACGCAGACAUUGUAGUACUAGAUCGGUGGUGGAAGAUUAGGGAACAAUGGCGGAUGGUCAGCGGUGUUGACAACAUGGCGGCAGCGGAGGUUAUGACAGCCACGUAGGAAAACACCGUUAGAAGGCGUGAAUAUUCAAAACAAACAGUGUGUAGUGAUUUGUCGUCGCGGCCAUCACGCGGGAAUGUCGCUUUUAUGACGGGAUUUUAUAUGCCAUCGCGAAUAAAAGUGGCAACUGUGCCAUAAAAAAGUGAUCGCAAAUCUGCUAACGGAUUGAUUAUUCCACUGGCGUCGGUAAUUCGGGUGACCUCAGUGUGCAAUUUAGUUUUGUAAGUGAUUGUCGUACAAUUCUUGGAAGCAUUUGCGUUCGGCGAAGAAAAUAAAUCGGGAAGGGAAUAACAGUGAAAAGCAAUAUUUCCCACCGCAAGGAUAAAUCUCGACGAAUAAAAAAAAAACACCGCAGUGAAAGAGUUGGUGAGUGCCAAAAAACAUCCCAGUGAAAACCAUGAAACUGUGGAAAUCCAAGAAAACUUCCUCCAGCCCCGGCAGCAGUAGCAGUUGUGUCGGAGGCGGAAGUGGCAAGGGAACACUAUCGAAGAGCUGCAAUUUCAACGGCCACAGCGGCAACAACAGCAGCAACAACAGCUUCGAGGAUAAUAGCGUCGAGACGUCGUUCAUCAACCCGGCGGGCAGUGGAGUGGCAACAUCGACGUCGGCAGCAAUAACCACCGCUGGGACGCCGUCGGCUGGUCUGAUGCAGUCGGCCGGCGUUGGAACUGGAGCGGGAGGAGGCACCACCGGGAGCAUGCUGUCGGCAAUCGACAGAGCGAUGAGUCCGGCGCAGUCCGAGGAUUCUGGCCUGGCAGCCGAUCGGGGAACAACCUACGCGACGAUCUCGAUUCCACGCGAGCAAGGGGUAUCCCUGGGGAUCAUACUGGCAGAACGUUCGGAUCUGUCGUAUCCACCGGUAGUGGAGUCCAUCAAUGGACCAGCAGCGGAUAUUUUGGCACCGGGCGACCGAAUUCAUCAAAUCGACGGAAUUUCAACGAUCGGGCUUACCAAUCAGCAUUUGUUCAGCAUACUGGCGCACGGAGAUGGACCGGCCGUUAUUGAAAUCGAGUAUUCGUUUCCAGAAUAUAUUUCACAAAACAGCCUGUGUGUGACAACCAAACUGGCUCAGAUUACGGUGGAGCGUGAAAAUGGCUGCCUGGGGUUGACGUUGCGUGGCGGCGGCGAGUACCCACUGAUCGUGACGAACGUCCGAAUGCACGGACCGGUGUUCAAGACCGGCCAGAUCAAGCCCGGCGAUCGAGUCCUAAGGGUCGAUAAUUCUUCACUGGUUAACAAAACUCUCUCAGAGGCGCAACACAUCCUCAAGAAUGGUCACCUAUCCGGCUACACGAAUCUAACAAUCGAAUACGAUGUUUCGGUGAUGCAGAGCGUCGAGUUCAGUAUGGGUCCCUUGCUGCUGGAGAUCGAACGACCGCUGAACGAAAAGUUGGGUCUAAUUCUGAGCAAUUACUCGAGUGCCGUUAAUCAGAGCGACAUCUAUCACAGCGGUAAGCUGGACGAGGUGCAACCGGCCGGGAUCUACAUUGCCAGUAUCCUGCCUGCCAGCAUUGCCGAUCGAUGUGGAGCCCUUUCCGUCGGUGAUCAGCUUCUUUCGGUGGACGAAACGAUCGUGGAGAACAGUGCCUUUUCGCCAGAAGAAGUGUCCUCGCUGCUAGACGCCAACUGCACCAAAGGUUACACCCAGCUACAAAUACUGCCAGCGCACACUUUGGUUCGAAGAAGAGGCAUCGCCUGCUCUAGCCCUAAGUACGGCUUCAACACUGUGGACUCCCGCAAAAACCUGUCAGCUGCUGCCAAAAGCCGUCGAUUAGUACGCAAGAGUUCCCUUCCGCAACCGACAGAAAACGGUGCCGGUACCCUGCACCCGAACGUGGGCCUCUGCAAGGCUGAAUCGGUCCAGCUAGUGCUGGACUGCUCACAGGGUUCCGGCAUCUGUUUGGGACCGAAGACGCCAUGCGGCAGGGGCUACAUCAUUGCACAGAUCGUGCCCGACUCUGUGGCAGAACGUUCCGGGUGCCUGCAGAAGGGUGAUCGCAUCCUGGCCGUCAACAAGAUGUACAAUCUGGAUGCGAACACAAUCCGGCAGGUGCUGGGGGAUUUUGGGCCGAAGACGGCGGCCAACCAUUAUCACAACCAGCCGCAGACAACCAACUGGGUGGAGCUGGAGUUGGAGUUUGACGUGGCGGACGCAGUGAUUCCAUCGAGCGGGGUGUUCAACAUUAAGCUGAUCAGACAAAACAAAUGCGGGUUGGGGAUUACUGUUAAUGGGAAUAGUCACGGAUCGUUUGUAAUAUCGGAGGUAAAACCGGGUAGCGCUGCACACAGGACGGGAUCGCUAAGAGCCGGAGAUGUUCUGUUGGCAGUGGACAAUCAUCCCGUACAGCACUACAAUUUGGAUUUGCUGUUGAAGGAGAGCAAAAACGAGUACAUCACGUUGACCGUGAAGCGAAACUCAUUGCCGGAUUUCCUAUUUGAUGCCCAGCAGAAAACCAAUCUUCUGUACGGCAGUACGGAAGAUAAUGCCUACAUAUACGGAAACAGGUACAACGAAUCACCUUCACUCAAAUCAAACAACAACGUGGACUACUAUCAAACCGAAGAUAACCCGCAGUAUCAACAGCAGCAGCUGCGGCGACCCAUGUGGAACCGCCCAACCACGUAUGACAUCCUUCCUGCGUCCAGCAAUCCCAUGACCCAGAGCACAGGAACGUUGAAGGCAAUACAUCAUUCAGCUCAGCAACAACAGCAUCCGCAAUCGUCGAGCGCAGAAAAUCUUCCUCAUUCGUCCAACCAGCUGCUGGCCUCCGAUGGAGACCUUUGUGAGGAUCGCUACGACGACAUCGUCCAUUACAAGAUGGCGUCGAUGAACAUCAACAGCACAAACUAUGUCUCGGCUGCCGGUGGAGGAGCGGGAAUAGCCGGUGGCGGGAUCACUGGAGGGUCCAACGACCAGAUCCAUCAGAUUAUCUUCAAUGUGCGGCUGGAACCGAAUGGGGGACCGCUGGGAAUCACGCUAGCCGGCAGCGAUGAUCUACAGAAACCGAUCAAGAUCAGUGCAUUGACGGAGGGCGGCAUUGCAUUCAACACCGGUCAGUUGAAGGUGGGCGAUUGUUUGUUGGCCAUCAAUGGCGAAAGUAUUUGCGGAGUUCCGCUGACCACGGCGACCAAGCUGCUGCACAAGUUCGAGAACGUUGUUGACUUGCAGAUAUCGCGAACGGAGUGCGUUGGAGGAUCGCGGAAUCACGGUUUGGGCCUCGGAGAGCCGCAACCACAGGCCGUCUAUGCCAAAGUUCAGCGCAGACCACGAAGUCCCUCGAUUACGGAUGCAGUGUCGACGAACUCAAACUCCAGCUCAGCCAGCAACUGCCGGACGUUGCACGUGACGCUGUUCAAGGAUCGGGUCUACGACGACUAUGGUUUCUCCGUUUCGGAUGGUCUGUACGAGCGGGGUGUUUACAUUAACAGGAUUCGUAGUGGUGGGCCAGCCGAUCUGGUUGGGAUGCUGAGGCCUUUCGACAGGAUUGUGCAGGUGAAUGGAACCAAAACGCAGGACUUUGACUGUUGUCUGACCGUACCUCUGAUCGCAGCCGCCGGUGACAAGAUCGAUUUGGUAAUACAGCGGCCGCUGACGGUGGAAUAACCUCCGUGGUGGAGGCGUUUGCCCUUCGGUAAAUCCUAAUCAAACAAGUGCCAUUUCCAGAACGAAACACGCAAAGCAAAAGCAAAGGUGCCAAUUCGAAAUCGAAUCCCAAAGAGUAGUUUACACAUAAGCAUUUGAAAUCAUUCUUACUCGAAGGUUUUCUCCCUGUUUCCUACUUCCCUUCCAUUCAUUAUUCACCGCACGCCCUUAUCGUAUUUAUUAUCUAUACAAUCACUUGCAGUUAGAACUGUCUUAAAGUUAGAUAACGCAAAACUUUUACACAAUACUCGUUAGGACAAUAAACCAAAGUUAGUGCCAGGUUUUUCUCGCAGAUUUUUCGAGUUCAUUAGAGUUUUUCAACCGACAAGUUCUAUUAGGGUUAUUGAAAUACAAGUCAAUUUUUACAACUGAAA